AUGUUUAAGGUUGAAAAUGAAGAAAAUCCUAUUUUUCCAUUCAUUGAAAUUCUUAUUAAAAAAAACCAAAAUCAAUAUUCUUUAAAUUCCACACGAACAAAUUCAAUAGCACGCAUGUUUAUUGGGGUCUCUCCCGGCAUUUUACUAAGCUUAUUAAAGAAUAUUGGAGAGAAUAUUAUGGAACUCAAUUCAAAACUUGAAAGUAACUCAUAUACUGCAAACAUACAAAACAUGCUUUACUUUGUAAGUAAAGACAUAGUUACUGUAAAAUAUCCCGGCCUUCCUGAGAUAUUUCUUGCUAGAUAUUUUUUUCAAUUUGAUAAAAGUUAUAUGGUUUUAUGCAACUGUUGUUAUAAGGAUUUGUAUAAAAGUAAGCUAAAUACCUUCGAUUUAGUUUUUUACAUACAAAACCAAAACUUCUGGUAUACCAAAGGAAAUGAAGAUUGCAGCAAGAUUACACUGAUAUCAAGAAGUUCGGGAAACAUUGUCACAAGUAAGUGUAUAAAUACUCUUAGUUCAAUAUUAACCAAUUAUGGGGUAUUUUUCAUUAUCUAUUCACUUUUUACACGGUUGGCAAAUAUGAUCGUGGCUAUCAAAAGGUAUUUAAGAAUAGCAGUUACUGAAGAAUUAGAAAUUGAAGAAUUGUUUAUUAACAAUUUUCUUUCAAGUCUCGAUGUAAAAAUUUGCAAGGAAGUUAUUUAG